UAGUGGCAAGAUCGUGGCGCGUGAACCGCGUGUUUAGUUACUCUCCGCCGUGUGUGUCUCUUGUUGAUUCUGAGUACAGAGUGGCCACCAGUCAGUUGAGGAAGCCCGGGUUUUUUUUCUGUUCUGGUUUAUCUGUAUUCCGUGUUCCGUAUCCUUUUUCGUUCCUUUUUGGAUUCGAGAGCGUGAUAGGAAGAUCGUUUCGGUGUGAUUUUUUCUUUGAAAGUGGUUCAGAUUUUUCCCCAUUUUGGAGAUCAUCAUCGGAUUGGUCGAGAUUGAGCAGCAGGAGCAAAAGUCCAGCGCUGUGGUUGAACCCACUAGAAAUUUCUCAAGGAUCUUUCCACCCGGCUAGACGACGACAAAAGCCUCGCGGAGCACCUCAAGCUACCGAUCCAACGUAUCAACGACUAUAAACUAUUAUUUAAGGAACUCUUAAAGUAUACAAGUUCUCUCGGCGAAAAUGUCACCGAUCUACAGAAGGCCCUAGAGUUGAUGCUCUCGGUGCCCAGUCGAGCAGCAAACAACAAAUAUUUGGAGAGCAUCGAAGGUUUCCGCGGGAAUCUUCAGAAGCUAGGCCGAGUGCUAGCCCACGAGUACUUUGGAGUGAAAGACAAGGAAGGUAAAAUCAAGGAACGCUACCUGUUCCUCUUCAAGAGCCGAAUUCUUAUAACGAAAGCGAAGCGUCUGUCGGACGACAAAUCGAUCUUCAUUCUCAAGGAGAUCGUCAAGCUACCGGACGUUAAGGUUCGAGAUAUCGAUUCCCGUGCCUUCGAGCUUCCGCCGAAACCUGGAACCAAGGGCGAUACAGCGCAUCUGAUUGCCUACUCCGAGGAAGCGAAACAGCGUUGGAUCUACGAAAUCGAAGAGUACGCCAACAACACAGUAGCUCUACAGGAACACUCCAACGACGAUCUACGCAUUGAUCCAACUCAAACCAACAUCGACGAGUCGAUCAUCAAGCUACCGCAGCGAAUUGAGGCGCACAAAACCGACGAGAACAUCAAACCAUCGGAAAUCGCAGACAACUACGUCAUCUUUAAGCACAAAGCACAUCGCGAAGAACUACAGGCGAUUCAGAAAGUCGUAAGCCAGGAAGUCGAAGAGGACGAAGAGGAGAAACCUGCCAGUGUCAAAGAGCGCUUAGCCGCACUCGAAGUCAAGAAAAGCGGUCGCACUAGCAAACAGGAAACCGUUGUUCAACAAUCACAAGUUACAACUCAGCAGAAGGUUUCCGUCACCGAAAGCAAACAAUCAUCCGUUUCGAUCAAAAGCUCUACAGUUGUUCAAAGCUCUUCCGUUCAACAGGAAUCGAAAACAUCAACACAGAGCAAAGUUCAAACAAAAGAAACCAAAUCGGCUACCAAUCAAUCGAAAGCAGAAGUUGUUGAAGCAAAGUCGACCAAACGUCAACAGGAAUCACAGCUAGAAGCUCAAAGCAAGGUUCAAAUCCAGGAAGUUAACCAGUCAAAAGCUGUCAGUCAAUCGAAAGCCGAAGUUGUUGAAGCGAAAUCAACCAAACGUCAGCAGGAAUCACAGCUAGAAGCUCAAUCCAAGGUCCAAAUACAGGAAGUCAACCAGGCGAAAGCAGAAGUCAAAGAAUUCAAAUCAGCUGCCGUUAAGCGACAACAGGACAUUCAGCUCGAAUCACAAGCCAAAGUUCAGGUUAUCGAUAAUAAAUCCGCAAUUGUUUCUCAACAACAACAGCAGCAGCAGUUUGCUAGCAAAACCGAAUCAAUCUCCUCAACACAAAAGCAAUCUGUCAGCCAGGUUCAACAGCAAACAAUCGUUGAAAGCAAAUCGAUAUCGGUAUCGAAGCAGGAGCAGCACCAAUCCAUUUCGAAGCAAAGCUCCGUCAAACAAGCUCAGCAAAUCACCGAAGCUAAGACUGAAACUCUUCAAUCAUCUGUAAAACAAGAAACCGUAGCUGCUGCCACAGCAAUCGACACCGAUUCCAAGCUCAAAGAGAUCGAGUCAAAAUACGCCGUUCUCAAGCAGAAACAACUUGAACAGAAGUCUGAAGAACUAGACGCCAAGUUCCAGAUUGUCGAAUCGAAGUUCGCUGCGUUAAAGAAAAAGCAAGAGCAACAACAGAAACAGCAACAAGCACAACAACCGCAAACCCCUCAAACUCCAGAAUCUCUUUCAAAGCUUCAACAAAUCGAAUCCAAGUAUAAGCAGCAAGAGCAGAUCGUUGAGGUUCAACAAGUAAAAGAAUCCGUUAAAGCCACCUCCAAACUUGAGCAACUAGAGGCGAAGUACAAAAAAGAAGAAUUACAGCAGCAAACCCAGGCUAGUGAAGCAGUUAAAGUUGAACAAACUGUAACCGUCAGUCAAGAGCAGAAGGAGGAACCAGCAAGACAGCUGUCAAAGCUUGAACAGCUAGAGUCCAAAUACAGCAAGCUCAAAACUCAAACAUCCCUUCAGGAAACAGUUGAAGCGAAAGCUGUCGAAACACCUUCGACACCUUCAACACCACUUGAACCUCUAACGCCUACCUCACUAUCGAAAAUCCAACUGAUCGAGUCGAAGUACGCUGCGUUAAAGCAAAAGCAACAGAGUCAAAUACAGCAACAGGUUACAGAGGAAGUCAAAACACCUGAGGUCAAAGCAACGAUCGAACUAGAUCCACAGUCUAAACUUGCUCAAAUCGAAGCUCGUCACUCAGCUAGGCGAUUAUCGUUCCAGAAGGAUCAAGAAGCCGCUGCUGAAGCUGUAAAAGUCACUGAGGUUAAAGAAGAGAAGCACUUCACCGUAGAGAAAGUCGAAGCGGUUAAGCUUCCGGAAGAACCGACGAAAAAACCGAAGGUUGAUAAGAAAGAUCGCCCCAGGUUACAGAUACCAGUACCGGAGAAGCCUUUAGACGAUUACAAACUUGUGGACAGUCCAAAACCGCUAGACAGGAAACCACCGGCAACACCUACCAAGGUUGACAGUCCGAAAACACCAUUAGCCGAAAAGAAACUUGAACCGGUGCGAGUUGAGUCGAUAAAACUUCAGGAAACUCCCAAGACACCGACAAAGGCCCCUGUCGAGAGUCCUAAGCCAGUCGUCGAAAAGAAGGUUGAAACACCUAAAACACCGACAAAGGUUCCCGAGAGUCCCAAGCCAGUUGAGAAGAAGGUUGAAACACCUAAGACACCGACAAAGGUUCCCGAAAGUCCAAAGCCAGUUGAGAAGAAGGUUGAACCGGUAAAAGUUCAGGAAGCUCCCAAGACACCAACAAAGGUUCCCGAGAGUCCUAAACCGGUCGAGAAAAAGGUUGAAGAGCCUAAGACAGCGGAAAAAGCGCCCGAGAGUCCGAAGCCUGUUGAGAAGAAGGUAGAAGUUCCUAAGACACCUACAAAGGUUCCUGAGAGUCCUAAACCGGUUGAAAAGAAAGUUGAACCGGUAAAAGUUCAGGAAACACCAACCAAGGUUCCCGAGAGUCCAAAACCAGUUGGGAAGAAGGUUGAAGAGCCUCAAAUACUGACAAAGGCACCCGAGAGUCCAAAGCCAGUCGAAAAGAAGGUUGAAGUUCCUAAAACACCAACGACAGCUCCUGAGAGUUCCAAACCAAUCGAAAAACAGGUUGAAGUUCCCAAGACUCCGACAAAGGUUUCUGAUAGUCCAAAGCCUGUCGAAAAGAAGGUUGAACCUGUGAAAGUUCAGGAAACGCCAAAAACACCGACCAAAGUUCCCGAGAACCCUAAACCAGUCGACAAGAAAGUUGAAACUCCCAAGACACCGACAAAAGUUCCCGAGAGCCCUAAACCGUUUGAAAAACAGGUUGAAGUUCCUAAGACAUCGACAAAAGCUCCGGAAAGCCCGAGGCCUGUUGAAAAGAAGGUUGAACCUGUGAAAGUUCAGGAAACUCCCAAGACAUCAACAAAAGCUCCCGAGAGUCCUAAACCGGUUGAAAAGAAGCUUGAAACACCUAAGACACCGACAAAAGCUCUUGAAAGCCCUAAACCAGUUGAAAAGAAGGUUGAACCUGUAAAGGUCCAGGAAACUCCAAAGACACCAACAAAAGCUCCCAAAAGUCCGAAGCCAGUUGAGAAGAAGGUAGAACCUGUGAGAGUUCAAGAAACUCCAAAAUCACCAACCAAAGCUCCAGAGAGUCCCAAACCGUUCGAAAAGAAGGUUGAAACUCCUAAGACACCAACUAAGCUUUCCGAGAGUCCGAAGCCUAUCGAAAAGAAGGUAGAGCCUGUAAAGGUUCAGGAAACUCCCAAAACAACAGAAAGUCCUAAGCCUAAGGCUGAAGUUCCUAAAACACCGACAAAAGCUCCCGACAGUCCCAAACCGUUGGAAAAGAAGACUGAACCUGUAAAAGUUCAGGAGAUCCCCAAGACACCAACGAAAGCUCCCGAGAGUCCAAAACUAGCCGAGAAGAAGGUUGAAGCUCCUAAGACUCCAACGAAAGCUCCCGAGAGUCCAAAACUAGCCGAGAAGAAGGUUGAACCAGUAAAAGUUCCGGAAGCCCCCAAGACACCAACCAAGGUACCUACAUCGCCAACCAAAGAGAAGAAGCUCGAGAAACCUAAGGAACCGGAAUCCCCGAAACCGAAGGCCGUUGAGCAGAAACCAUUCGAAGCCAAGAAGGUUGAAGCCGUCAAGCUUCAGGAAGUGUCCCGAAAACAAUUGACCACCACCAAACAAACAGAGGAAACCGAUAGCAUAACAGGGUCUGAUACGCCUGCUUCGGUUGACGAACCGGAGGAAGAUAACCUAGAGUAUCUUAUAGAACAGAAAUCUAGGGAGGAAGCUUUGCAGCGUAAGUUGAACGAAAUCUACGAGCGGGAACAGGCUGCGCUACUCGCAGCGAAGCAGAUCCGUCUUGCGGAGGAAGAAUCCAUUCGCAGAAGGUUCGAAGCGAAAGGAGAACGUGAGGUUCAGCAGAUUAAAGAAACUGCGUGCGAAAUCCUCGAACAAAUUCGAGCGACGCAAGAUUCUGUCAAGUUAGUGCUAGGAGACGAUUAUUCAGAUCAACAACAGUCCAGAUUACCGGUGAUUACAAAGGCGGCUGAUAAUUCAGAUUCGCAGCAAAACAAUCAACCUCGAGAAGGCGGAGAUCAAAGAGGAUCGGGACAAGAACAGCGUAGUCCACAACAAGGGGGUGAAAGCAGUGGUGGACAAGCUCAACAAGGAAGUUCAGGCGGAGAUAGUGGUGAUAACGAGGAUAACGGAGACAACGGUGAUAGACGAGGUUGGUGGAAGUUACCUACCUUCUUUGAUCCACCUCCACCACCACCGGAAUACAAGGCUACCAUAGAAGUAUUUGUUAAGAAAGAUCGUCCUCCGCCACCUCCUCCACCGAAGAUAACCCGGAAGCUUGUGGUGAACACAGACGAUCUAGAGCGAAAGACUCAACUAUUUUUCCAAGGACACAUUAACGAACCGGACCCAGAUCAUUCGGUUGCUGCAGCGCAGAAGAAGCUUAAGGGUCUCAAACAUCUGCUCGGUAAGGCAGACGAAACUUCACGUUUUGCAGAAGACGCCAUCCACAAGGCGGAACAAGGAGAAUUCUCUAGCAUUAUCAUCCCGGAAGAGGAAGAGCAGAAGAAAUCCAAGGGUCCAGUCUACGAGUAUCAAUACACCAUCGAGGAUCCCAUCACUGGGGAGAAGAUUUGUACCGACGAUCCUAACCUCGAGCUUAUAGAGAAAAGACUCGCGAUGGAUGAGCAAUCCGGAUCUAGGUACACGACGUCCAGAUAUUCCUCUCUCAAGAGCCGCACCCUCGAAGCCCAACUUGAGGAGUUAGCCGAAUUCGAGUACCGCCACGAGGAGAAGAUGUCGUCGACUAACACCCAGAAACUUCGGGUUCCUACCAACAUUAGGCCCCACUUCGUGAAGGCCAUUCACGGUCUCAGCGUCGAGCCCGGCGAAAAUGCCAAGUUCGCUUGUCAGCUGGACGAACGCUCCCAGGUGCAAUGGUUGAAGGACAACAAGCCGCUCAACGACAAGCUGGCCGAUCGGGUCAUCAUGAAGGAGUCCGGCGAUUUGACCCACACCCUGGAGAUUCAGCACUGCCGGGAGGAGGACACCGGCCUGUACACGGCCCGUGCCAUCAACGGUUCCGAGAAUGCCUCUUGUACCGCUCAACUGCACGUACAAAAGCUGACCCCGGAACAGAGGAAGGCUAUGACAGAAACCAACUCGCCGAUCUUCACCGUUGAACUGACGAGUGCUGAAGUCAUCGAGAAGACCUACCUGACCUUCAUGGUUAAGGUCAAGGGAGAUCCCGCUCCCAAGAUUCGAUUCUGCAAAGACGAUAAAGAAAUCCUAGACACCGACAAGCGUAUGAAGGUCGUUCGCGACCGUGAGGACAGUGGGUACUUUGAGCUGGUGAUACCGGAAGUCCACAAGGGCGACUGUGGUGUCUACUCGUGUACCGCCUACAACAAAUUCGGCAGUACCAAAACCCAAGCUCAGCUGCUGGUCACCGACCAGAAGGAGAUCUUCAACGAGCUAGACACUCUCGAGGACAAGUCUAAAUUCGUGUGGAAAAAGAACGGUGUGCCCUUCGAUCCCGAGGAGCGAUUCAAGGUGCUAAUGGCUGACGACUCAGACUCGUUGGCGCUUGUCUUCCAGCACGUGAAACCAGAGGAUGCUGGACUCUACACUUGUGUUGCCGCCACCGCUUCCGGCAAUAUCCAGUGUAGUGCUGAACUCACGGUUCAGGGACAGGUCAACCAACUCUCUCAUGAGCCAGCCAAGCCACACAUUAAAAUUGAAUCGAAGGACGCACUGGCACGAAUUGGAGGAAAGGCUUUACUCGAGAUGAAAGUCUACGGCUAUCCGAGACCCGAAAUCAUUUGGCGUCACGAGGGCACCAUUAUCGAACCGCAUGGUCGCUACAAGUUCCUCUAUGAGGAUGCCGAGUCCGUAUCGCUUGUCAUCAUGGAUGUACAGCCUUCGGACGCCGGUGCCUAUUCGAUCGUCGCGCAGAACAAUCUUGGCGAGGACUCGACGUUCAUUAACCUGACCGUCAAGUGUCCACCGCGCAUUGUGAAGCCCCAGGAUAUGGUGGCGAUGGUCGGUGAGAACUACAAGAUGAGCAUUGAGGUCGACGCCGUACCGGAGGCUACGGUGCGGUUCUACAGGAACGGUAAGGAGGUCAAGGAGGACAGCCGUAUCAAGUUCUUGACGGCCGAAAACUACCACAUCGUCAAGUACAAUCCGGUCAAGAUGGAGGACGCCGGUAACUACUCGAUCAUCGCAACGAACGAAAUCAGUCAGGCAACGGAGUUCUGGGAGCUGAUGGUUCAUGCUCCCCCGAAGACCACCCACGGACUGGCCCCGGAGACGAUUGUCAACGAGCGCGAAGACAUCGAGCUGUACGUCAAGGCCAACGGUAACCCGAAACCGAUCGUCCGUUGGUACAAGGAGGGUAAGGAGGUCAUUCCGGAUGGCAAGCGUAUUCUUAUUACGGACGAGGAUGGUCGCUACACCUUGAAGAUUCAUGCCGCCAAUCGGGAUGAUACGGCUUCGUACACUGCCGAUAUCAUCAACGACUACGGUACCGUUACCGAGAGGUCGCAGGUUAAUGUGAACUGCAAGGCCAUGGUUAGGGAAAAGUUGGAGGGAUUGACCUGCAAGGAGGGAGACACCAAUGUGGUCAUGAGCAUCAAGACCGAUGGUUUCCCGAGACCCAAGGUACAGUGGUACAUCGACGAUGUGGAAAUCACCGAAUCGCGGAACGAGUUCCGCGCCGCUGAGGAAGGUCUGUACUAUAAGUUGUACAUCAAGGAGGCUAAGGCCGAACUGCAGGGAACGUAUCGGGCCAAGUUCACCAACGAGUACGGAUCGGAUGAGAGCAGUGCCAAGACGAUUGUGCUGUGUACUCCAAAGGUGCGCAAACCACUGGAAGACACCGAUGUCGAUGAGAAUACUACCCUGACGUUGGAGGUCGAGAUUUACGCCGAGCCGGUGCCGGAGAUUACCUGGUACAAGAAUGGACAGCCAGUGCAGACCGAUGCCCGUCUCACGAUCAAGCGGGACUCGCAGCGGGUCGAAAACUACACGCUCACGCUGACCAUGGUUCGCGGAACCGAUUCCGGCGAUUACGAAGUUCGUGCGGUGAACUCGCUCGGAACGGCGUCCAGCAAGUCCAGGGUCGUUGUACAAAAGGCCCUUGUGGCGAGCCUCGAUGCGAAUACCGAUGCCGAUGCUCAUCGAAUCGUGACCAGUGACGAGUGCACCAAGAUCGGCCAAAAUGGCGAAACCAUUAUGAUUUCGGUGCACACCGAGGAGAUCCACGCCGGCUACGUAACAGGCUCCGAUGAAUCGCACUCGGUACACCAGGUGCGUUCAACAACCGUUAUUUUCGAAGAAGAUUCCGGCUCACCGUUAUUGGAGGAGGCCCCGAAACGUAUUAUCUACCCGACGAAGCCUCACGCUUCGGCCCUGCACGUCGAAGAAAUCGACAGUAUCGUGUUGGAGUCAAACGAAAACAAAGCCAUCUUCCAAAGUUUGACCGUUAAUGAAGGUUCGGCGGCUACAACGAAGUUCUUCGUUGAAGAGGCCGAAUCGGACAAUGAAGCUUCGACAACGAAGACGAAUGCUUUCGGCAAACUGUCCCGAGGAGUUUCGAUCACUUCGGCUUCCGAAGAUGAGCUGCUGCUGUCGAGACAGUCAAGCCGAGUUGGUGUCGAAGAAAGUCAACAAGGCGUUAUGGGCGAUGGAUUGAAUCGUGAAAACAUUGAGGAACGGGAAGCGGACAAAGCUAAGAAGGUUCGCUUUGAAGACGAAUCUGUCGAAGUAUCUAAAACGUCGAAACAGCUACAGAAAGAUGUUGUUGAAGAAGGUGUUCCUUUGGAAGUCGAUGAGCGAUGUGUAAAAGUUAGCAAGACCGAUGGCGAACCUAAGAAGGGGAAAUUACUAUCGAAACAGUCUUUGGAAGAGGAAUCGGUUGAGGACUCAAGCAAAGGUAAGACAGAAGAUGUUGAAUCGGUACCGAAGAGAAAGAAGUCGUUGCUAUCAGAAACCCUUGAAAGUAAAGAAAUGGAAUCUGAAAAAGCAGCAACGGAACAACCUCUCGACACUUCAGAAGCUAAGAAAGCAAAGAAGCUGGAGAAGCAAAUGUCAAGCGAUGUUCAACAACAACAAUCCGAGAAGCAGAAAGCGGACGUUUCGGAAAGCCAAAAGCCUAAGCAACCCGACGUAGAAGAUCGGAAGCUUGAGAAGCAAAGCAUUCAGACAGAAUCAAUGGAAGAACCAAAGCCAAAGAAAGAAGACGUUGUCGAGAAAGGUAAACCAGAAAAAGCUUUGUCCAAAGAGGAAGCCGAAGUGGGACAAAUGGAAGAAGCGAAGACUAAAAAAGAGGAGUUUGUCGAGAAGGGUAAACCGAAAAAAGCUCUUUCAAAAGAGGAAGCAGAAGCGGGACAGAUGGAAGAAUCGAAGAAGACAGCCACGGCUGAAGCAGACAGUGCCAAACAAGCAGAAGCUUCCCCGGAAAUUUUCAAGACCGACAUUGCCGAUGUCACUACUUUCGAUUCGCUGCCUCUGACGUGGACUAUCGAGGCCGAUGGUAUCCCAAGACCAACCGUUACCUGGUAUCACGACGGAGAAGAAGUGCAGGCUAGCGACCGCAUCCGGUUCACAGAUUCUGGAACUACGUACAAGAUCGAAAACCGAGACGUCAAGGAAGCCGAUGCUGGAGAAUGGAAGGCCGUGGUUAAGAACCGCAUUGGGGAGAAGACACUUCCAUGCAACCUCACUGUCAUUCCUUGCAAGGAAUACCGUCGUCCGAAGUUCCUCAAGGGGUUGGAGAACAUCAGCGUGAACAAGAACGAAACCAUCCAUCUGACUGUGACCAUCACCGCGGAUCCGGAGCCGGAGUUCAGCUGGAUCCAGAAUGGCAAGGAAGUUCAAGCCGACGACUACAUCCAGAUGAAGACCGAAAUCAAGGAGCUGGAGUACAAUCUCAAGGAGAUAACCUAUACCUUGCAUAUCGAUCAAGCCCGGCACUACGACACCGGUGAUUACACUUUCCGGGCCAGCAACAAGUACGACAUCAACGAGUCGAAUGGUCGCUUGGACGUGCUGUUGAAGCCUGAGAUUGAAAACUUCCACGACAUCACCGUUAUGCCGUUCACCCAGGGUGUCUUCCAGGUGUUGGUCAAGGCCAAUCCCAAGCCCAAGGUCACCUGGACCAAGGACGGUAUCAACCUGUGCAACGUGGACAACUGCGACGUGAUCGCCGAUGUCGAGAAGGAAAUCUACACCAUUCUGGUUGAGUCUUGUGCCAUGGCAGAACACGGUACCUACACGCUGACGGCCUCCAAUACCUUCGGUGAAACGGUUGCUACGGCUAAGCUGAAUGUUCACACCGACAAACCGACUUUCACCAAGGAACCGGACAGCAUGAACGUGCACGAUUGGUCCGACGUUUACAACAAGGUCGAGGUCAAGGGUUGCCCUCGGCCGAGUAUUCAGUGGUUGCGCAACGGCACCCCACUGGAUCUGGAGGAAAUCGACCCGGAAACCAACGAACCCAAGGUGAAGGUCAUUACCGUUGGUGAGGCCGAGGUCACCAGUGAGCUGUUCAUCACCCACUUCGGUCCCGAACUGCAGGGAGAUUAUUCGUGUUUGGCCUCCAGCAUUGGAGGUGAAACUGAGGCUAAGUUCAUGAUCUUAGUUAAGAACGAACAGCCCGUGUUUGGUAAGGGACUCGAGAGGGGAAUGGAUCUCGAAGAAGACGAUCGCCUGGAACUGUCCUGUAUCGUCGAUGGUAGCCCGCUGCCUAAGAUGACCUGGUACAAGGAUGGCAACGAAAUCGAACCUAACGAGCACAUUUCUAUCACUCACGGACACGACGGUCGUUGCCGUUUGGUAAUCGAGAAAGCCGAACCCGGUGACAGUGGUUGUUACAAACUGGUUCUUUCAAACAAGAGCGGUGAUGUAUCGACUCAAUCAUCUGUUGCUGUAACACCCAAGCAGCGUUAUCCAGUGUUCAUCCGCCCGCUCCAAGAUCACAAGAUCAUCGUUGGCGAGACACUGCACAUGGAGGCCGAAAUUGCUGGCUAUCCGAUGCCGGAGGUAAGGUGGUUCAAGGAUGGUAUCCCGGUGCAUCAGACUCGUGCGAUCAAUUUCAUCAACGAACCGAACGGCAUCGUUGGUUUCAUUAUCGAUAAAGUGACACCCGAGGAUGCCGGCAUCUACACCUGUGAGGUUAAGAACGCCGUCGGUAAGGCUACCUCUGCUUCGAUCACCGAAAUUAUUCCCAAGGCCAAGAAGCCUCAGUUCGUUAAUGAGCUGCAAAACAUCAGCAUCGUUGAAGGCUUCCCCGUGAAGAUGAACGUUAAGGUAGUUGGUUACCCAACUCCCUCCAUCAAGUGGCUUCAUGGAGGAAAUCCAAUUGCUGGUGAUCGCUGCAAGAUCGUUGAAGACGGUGAAUGUAGCCAAACACUGUCGAUUGAGAAAUCUACUGAAGCCGAUAGCGGAGAGUACCAGGUAGUAGCCUCGAACGAAAUCGGCGAGACUUCUUGCGUUGGAACGGUUACUGUUCUCCCGGCCACCGAUUCGUCGAUCGCUGAAGAACCUCCGACCUUCCUGGGAGGUCUCCGAGACAUUAUAGCCGACGAAGGCAAAGAACUUACGUUCAGUGCUCGUUUUGCUGGUAAUCCAGCUCCCGAAGUUAUCUGGACCAAGGAUGGAGAGCCACUGCAGCCUACCGGUCGGGUUACCGUUACUUGCGACGGUAAGAGCGUCGGCCUUACGAUUGCUCCUACCGAGACCUCCGACUCCGGUGAAUACGCUUGCUUGAUGGCCAAUCCUCUGGGAGAAACCGAAACCAAGGCCUCGGCUGUCGUUCGUAAAAUCUUCCAGAAACCAAACUUCGUGUACCGCUUCCCCGAUCUGCAACAACUGCCAGGUUUGGAGGCUAAGUUCCCAGCAAAGCUGGUUGGCAGCCCAAGACCCACAGUUCAGUGGUACAAGAACGAAACUCCCAUUUCGCCAAACGAUCGUUACAAGAUGAAGUACGAAGGAGAACAUUGUUGUCUGUACAUUAAGGAGUGCGCUGAAUCCGACACCGGUCUGUAUUCUUGCGUUGCUACCAACCGCGAAGGAAGCAGCACCAUUGAAGCCAAAUUGGAUGUUGUUUCUCAACUCACCAGAGGUGAAGAGCCAACUCCAGCUUACUUCAUGAAGAAACCAGUCGACAUGACCGUUCUGGAAGGAAUGAAAGCCAAAUUUACCGCUUGCGUCGACGGCUUCCCACUUCCAACUGUCGAAUGGAUUCGCGAUGGACACCGUCUGGUACCGAGCGAAAAGUAUAAGAUCGAAUCGGACAUCAACGGUCUUGCUCGUUUGAUUAUCGACGAUAUCCAGGAAGAAGAUCUGGGUCGCUAUACCUGCAAGAUUUACAACAACCUCGCUGAAGUACUUGCUCAUGUCAACCUUAACUUCGAAGCCUUGGAUGCUCAUCCAAAGCGUCGUUUCGGAAAGGGUAAAGACAAGGGCUUCCUGCACUCUACUCCUUAUCCUCUUAUGGAUAGACCGAUCAUCUCAAAACUCUCCGAUCGCCGCAUGACUUUAUCGUGGAAACCAUCGUUGACUACCGUACCGAGAUACCCGAUCACCUAUCAACUGGAACUUAUGGAAAUCCCCGAUGGCGAUUGGUAUACCUAUCGCUCAGGAAUUCGUAGCUGUUCGUGCGAAGUUCGUAACUUGGAACCAUUCCGGGAGUACAAAUUCCGCGUUCGCGUCGAAAACAAAUACGGAGUAAGCGAGCCAAGUCCCUACGUCCAAACGUAUAGACAGAAGCUGGAACCGGAGGCUCCAGUUUUCUACCCAUACCUUGGACCGGGACGAGACUACCGCCCGGAUACUUCGCCACACUAUCCACGUGGUUUCGACGUUGAGAAACCAACUCAUCGGGACCAGCGCACCGGAAUUCCACCGGAGUUCCUUCGUCAGGAAUACCCCGUCCAGUUCGGCACCAAGAAUCACAACGUCAGCCUGUUCUGGUUCGUGUAUGGUUAUCCGAAGCCAACAAUGACCUACUACUUCAACGAUCAGAAGAUCGAAGCCGGUGGUCGUUAUUGCUUCAGCUACACCAGAAACGGCCAGGCAACGCUGUUCAUCAACCGCAUGACCGAACGGGACGUCGGUGUGUACGAGGCGGUGGCCACCAACGAAUACGGCAGCGUUAAGCAACGCGUUUGCUUGGAAUUGGGAGAGUAUCCGCGGUUCCUGCAACGCCCGGAGGAAGUGUUCAUUAUGGGACGUCGCUCCGGUCGAGUUGAGGCCAAGAUCGCAGGCGUACCCUUCCCGGAUGUCAAGUGGUACAAAGACUGGCAACCCAUCACUGAAUCAUCACGCAUCAAGAUGAUCUUCUACGAGCCGGACACCUGGGUUCUGUUGAUCACGGAUGCGAUCAAGAAGGAUGAGGGCUUGUACUCGUUGAGCGCUCGGAACCAAAUCGGGUCGAUUAGCUCAUCAGUGAUGGUUCACAUCGAGGAUAACGAAGAAGACUAUGUCUACAAUGCCCAUCACAGGACGCCAUAUGUCCGCGCUAGGAACAAGGUAUAUCAGGACUUCUAUGAUAUUGGAGACGAAAUUGGAAGAGGUACGCAGGGCAUCACUUACCAUGCGGCGGAACGUUCCAAUGGUCGCAACUUUGCUGCCAAGAUUAUGUACGGCAGUCCAGAUCUGAGACCGUUCAUGUUCAACGAGGUCGACAUUAUGAACAUCUUAAACCAUAGGAAGUUGAUUCGCUUGCAUGACGCGUUCGAUAUCGAUAGAUCGUUGUGUUUGAUUCUGGAGUUGGCUUCUGGUGGGGAACUGGUUCGAGAUAAUUUACUGUCCCACGACUACUACACCGAACGCCAAAUCGCUAUUUACGUUUAUCAGAUCCUUCUGGGUCUGGAACAUAUGCAUACCAGAGGAAUCGGACACAUGGGAUUGACAAUCAAGGAUCUGUUGAUUGCUCAUCCAGGUAGCGAUAACCUUAAGAUUUGCGACUUUGGUUUGUCGCGCCGUAUUGAAGACGAUAAGCUAUACACUUUGGACUACGGUAUGCCUGAGUUCGUGGCCCCAGAGGUCAUCAACCGUCGUGGAGUUGGUUUGGGUCAGGAUAUGUGGAGUGUCGGUAUCAUUACCUACAUCUUGCUUGGUGGUAUCAGUCCAUUUAUGGGUCGUAACGAUCGUGAAACUCUGACCAAGAUUAGAGACGGUAAAUGGUCAUUCACUGGCACCGUUUGGGAAUUCAUUUCUGUAGAAGCUCGUGACUUUAUCACGAAGCUGUUGGUGUAUGAGGAUGAACACCGUAUGACGAUCAAGGAAGCGCUGAACCAUUCCUGGUUCGACAUCAUCUACAAGCGUACCUUCGAGGAGUACCAGAUUGGUACCGAUCGUCUGCGUCGCUACUACUAUCACUACAGGGAUUGGUACACUAACGCCUCGUGCCGCACUUGGUACCGUCGACGCCCGUUGAUGAGCUGCUUCGACCACCCGUCGAAGAUGGUCUACCCACCAGGUAUCAUCUUCACUCCGGAGGGUACUCCACCACCGACUACCGUGGACGACAUUCCACACAAGCGCAGGAAGUGGGAGGAAUACGUUUCCAAGGACAUCCAUCCCGAUUACGAGACCGCUUCGUUCAAAUCCGAAAGCCACUACCAGUACGGUCCGGAUACCUAUCUGCUGCAGCUGCGUGAUACCGGCUUCCCAACUCGUCUACGUGAGUACAUGAAGAUCGCCAAGCACCGUUCCCCGAGCAUCCUCAGCGAAAGCAAUUACGAUAGCAGUCUUCCAAUCAUCCGUGAGCGUCGUCGUUUCCAAGAGAUCAUGGACGAAGAAAUCGACGAUGAGCGUCGCAGCCGCAUCAGCCGAUACGGCACCGACGACAGCAUCACCAUCAAUAGGCGUCUGCGUAGCGAAGUCGGUACUCGUCUGGGUUCGUACGCCGAAGCCGAGGCGCUGAUCGAAGUCAAGCGUGAAGGUCAUGCACCGUUCUUCCGAGAGAAGCCACAAACGAUUUCUAUCCGUGAAGGCGAACCGAACCAGAUUGUAUGCUACGCUGUUGGUGAUCCGAAGCCAACAGUGACCUGGUUCCGCAACGAUAUGGUCGUCACCGAUAGCAACCGUAUUAAGGUUUUGGACGACGUCGAUGGACGAUCGGUCAUUCAGUUCCAUCCAGCUUCGCACAACGAUUGCGGCAUCUACAAGGCAGUAGCUAGCAACAAGAUCUCCAAAACAACUGCACGUUGUCGGGUGGUGAUUGCGAUUAUUCCAGAUGCCCCAGACAGUCCGGAUGCUGUUGCCGUCAGCGAUACUGAAGUGCUGCUGCGUUGGAAGCAACCUAGAAGCGAUGGCAAUUCGCCGGUCAUGUGCUACUGCUUGGAAAUAAAGCAGCACGGUCGUAUGGAUUGGGUGGAUGUGGCGAGCAACAUUGAUCAUGAAUUCUACCUGGUACAUGGACUGGAACCCAACACCGGAUAUCAGUUCCGUUUGGCUGCGUACAAUCGUAUCGGCUGGAGUGACCGUGGUAUCCCAACUAAGAACAUCAACACUUUGGACGUUGGAGCACCUAAGAUCCAAAUUACCCGGGCUAUGAAGCAGUUGCAACAGCUCACGGAAUCAGGUCAACAUGUUGCCCCAGAAGAUCGUUCGGGUCGUCUUGAUUACAGUUAUGAGAAGUCUCCAUUGAAGUGGAGUAUUGAAGGCAACUACAACGACAAAUUCAGCUUUAUGUCAGAAAUCUCCCGAGGUCGGUUCUCGAUCGUGGUCAAGGGAUUGGAAAAGGUCACUGACAAAAUCGUGGUCGCCAAAAUCUUCGAACUUGGAGAUGAAAAGAUUGCUGAAGGUGCCGAGCAUGAGUUUGAGAUGCUGCGAACCCUGCGACAUGAACGUAUUGCUACCUUGCUGGCUGCGUUCAAGCCCAAAAAUACCUCCAUUGCUGCUCUGGUAAUGGAAAAGCUGCAGGGUGCUGACGUGCUGACCUACCUCAGUAGUCGUUCGGAAUACACCGAGCAAAUCGUAGCUACCAUCAUCACCCAAGUCCUGGAUGCUCUGCAGUACUUGCAUUGGCGAGGAAUCUGCCAUCUGGAUCUGCAACCGGACAACAUCGUCAUGUCCUCCGUACGACAGGUGCAGAUCAAGCUGGUCGACUUCGGUGCCGCCCAACAGGUUUCCAAGUUGGGUACCAACGUGCCGAACGUAGGCUGGUUGGACUUUACUGCCCCUGAAGUAUUGAACCACGAGGCAGCCUACCCACAGACUGACAUCUGGACCGUCGGCUGUCUGGCGUAUCUGUUCCUAUCGGCCAACAGUCCGUUCCGAGGAGCCGACGAAGCCGAAACCCGCUCCAACAUCAGCUUCGUGCGCUACCGCUUCGAAUAUCUGUUCAAGGAGGUUACCCAGGAGGCGACCCGAUUCUUGAUGCUGAUCUUCAAACGCGCUGCAACGAAACGUCCAUCGGUGGAGGAAUGCUUCGAGCACAGGUGGCUCGUCCAUACCGAUUUCAUGAUCAAGAAGCGCGAACGAGCGAUCUUCCCUGGAAAUCGUCUGAAGGACUUCUCCGAGCAGUACCAUACGAUGAAAACGAACGAAGCCACCAAAUCGGAAACCAUUUCCAGUUUCGGUGGCCAAUCCCCUCGUCAGUUGCUUCGAUCCAACAGCAUUCAAGAAGAACUUUUAACCACUUUCUAAGCUACUAUCUUACUCUAUCUAUCUAUCUAUCUAUUAACCGUAACAAAGCCUGCAGUCUCCCAAACUUUUCGUUGCUCUCUCUAGAAUACUCCUGUUGAAUUUUUGUGGUAGAGUUUUAUUUUUUAUUACUUUAGUGAGCCCUUUCAAUUUUUUCUUGCCUCUCUUGUUUUGUAAAUACUUUUAUUUACAUCUAAAAUCUUUAUUUAAAAUCUUGCUAGGGUCUAUAUAAAAUAAUCGUAAGCAGCUUAGCGUGCGCACUAAGCAAUCACUAAUAAAAUCGUUACUUCUUCUGCGCGCCAUUUUUUAAAGUUAGGAAAUAUAUGUGAUAACCCGGGUCGCGAGCAAAUUUUUAUAUGAAUUUUUAACCGGAAACACAUCACACAAAUACAUCCCUAAACGAGCGACUCGGUCCCAUAUAUUGGAAAAAAAAAGAAAGAAAGAACUUAUUGUCCUUCAAUGUGUAGUAAGCAAAUGGAAGAUGCAAGAGAAUGAAAGCGAAAAAUAUAUACUAAACAAGUAGAAAUCUGUGUAAUAUAUACUUUGUAGAAGAGAAUUCAAGUUAAAGCAGUGGAAACGACAAGUGCCCUCCAAAAAAAAUCGUUUUAAUUGAAAAAAAUAAUGAGCAGCCAUCCGGAUUUGCCGAAGAAAAGAGAGAGAAUGAAUAAGAAAUAAAAAACACUCAAUCUGCUUGCUCUGGAGCGCUUUUAACAAACAAGCUGUAGGGAAUAUCGUUAACAUUAUUGUUUAUCUGAAUUUUCCUUCAAUAUUUUUUAGUUGAAUAAAUAGUUGAGCAAAAAA